GGGAAGAAAUGCAUUAACUUCUUUUCUUCAAUUGCAGAACUAGACAACCAGCCAUAUCCACAAUUCAUUAGGUCCCAUAUUCAACAGCAGCACAUGAUUCUGCCGUGCCUACCUAACUCAGGUUGACAACGUUAGCUACAAUUCAAAUUCAUUCUCUAGCCUCAACUAUAAAUGAACUGCUUCCAUGAGCCAUUUUGAUCAUCAAGCAGAUAGCAAUUACUCAAACCAUUUGAAAAGUAACCAACCUAUUUUUACUUUCCUAUCUUCCAAAGAAAUCAAUAUGGUCAGUAUUAAGAAACUGAUAAAAAUGGCAAGGAGAUGGCAGAAGUUUGCAGCUAAGCAAAGGAAGAGGAUUUCUUUACCAAGAUCAAGUUACAAUGAUGCAGAAAGCUGUAGCACAUCAUCUUCUAUAGUUGGCAAAGGGCAUUUUGUGGUGUAUACAACUGAUCAGAAGCGAUUUGUGGUUCCUUUGGCUUAUCUUAAACACGAGAUAAUCAGAGAACUAUUGCACAUGUCUGAAGAAGAGUUUGGACUUCCAAGUGAUGGCCCUAUCACUUUACCAUGUGAUGCCUUAUUCUUGAAUUACAUCAUAUCACUCAUCAGAAGAGGUGUAACUGUAGAUCCUCAGAAUGCUUUGCUUGUAUCAGUCGCUUCCACUCGAUGCUCAUCAGCUUCAUACCUUCAAGAACCAAGUCACCGGCAACUCCUAGUUUGUUGAGCUAACUUCAAUAUGUUUUGUAAUUUAUACAUGAUACUCAACAAGUUUACAUAAUGUUAGCAUCUAAUUGUCAUGAAAACUCCAUAUUCUUAUCCAAACUGUUUUAUUCUUUAUAAAUUGGGAAAAUCUAAUUGCAUAUUCGUUGCUCUUUA